AUGACCUUGACAACAAAUGUGGUAUUCCGAAGAACCUUGACGACACAUGUGGUAUUCCGAAGGACCUUGACAACGCUUGUGGUAUUCCGGAGGACCUGUGGUACGGAGGACCUUGACAAAGCUUUUGGUAUUCCGGAGGACCUUGUCAAUAAAUGUGGUAUUCCGGAGGACCUUGACAACAAAUGUGGUAUUCUGAAGGACCUUGACAACGCAUGUGGUAUUCUAAAGGACCUUGACAACAAAUGUGGUAUUCUAAAGGACCUUCACAACAAAUGUGGUAUUCUAAAGGACCUUGACAACAAAUGUGGUAUUCCGGACGACCUUGUCAACGCUUGUGGUAUUCUAAAGGACCUUGACAACGCUUGUGGUAUUCUAAAGGACCUUGACAACGCUUGUGGUAUUCUAAAGGACCUUGACAACGCUUGUGGUAUUCUAAAGGACCUUGACAACAAAUGUGGUAUUCCGGAGGACCUUGACAAAGCUUUUGGUAUUCCGGAGGACCUUGUCAAUAAAUGUGGUAUUCCGGAGGACCUUGACAACAAAUGUGGUAUUCUGAAGGACCUUGACAACGCAUGUGGUAUUCUAAAGGACCUUGACAACCAUUGUGGUAUUCUACAGGACCUUGACAACAAAUGUGGUAUUCCGGACGACCUUGUCAACUCUUGUUGUUUUGCUAAGUACAUUGCAAUUAACUUUGGUAUUCCGGAGGACCUUGACAACGCUUGUGGUAUUCUGAAGGACCUUGUCAACGCUUGUGGUAUUCUAAAGGACCUUUACAACGCUUGUGGUAUUCUAAAGGACCUUGACAACGCUUGUGGUAUUCCGAAGGACCUUGUCAAUAAAUGUGAUAUUCCGGAGGACCUUGACAACGCAUGUGGUAUUCUGAAGGACCUUGUCAAUAAAUGUGGUAUUCUGAAGGACCUUGUCAAUAAAUGUGGUAUUCUAAAUGACUUUGACAACAAAUGUGGUAUUCCGAAGGACCUUGACGACGCAUGUGGUAUUCUGGAGGACCUAGACAACGCAUGUGGUAUUCUAAAGGACCUUGACAACAAAUGUGGUAUUCUAAAAGACCUUGACAACAAAUGUAGUAUUCCGAAGGACCUUGACAACGCAUGUGGUAUAUUGAUGAACCUUGUCAAUACAUAUGGUGUUCUUAAGGACCUUGUCGAUAAAUGUGGUAUUCCGAAGGACAUUGACAACGCAUGUGGUAUACUGAUAGACAUUGACAAUGCAUGUGGUAUUCCGAAGGACCUUGACAACGCUUGUGGUAUUCCGGAGGACCUUGACAACGCUUUGGUACACCGUGACAGCAAAUGUGGUAUUCCGGAGGACCUUGACAAAGCUUGUGGUAUUUCGGAGGACCUUGAUAACGCUUGUGGUAUUCUGAAGGACCUUGUCAAUAAAUGCGGUAUUCCGGAGGACCUUGAGAACGCAUGUGGUAUUCUGAAGGACCUUGACAACGCAUGUGGUAUUCUGAAGGACCUUGACAACAAAUGUGGUAUUCUAAAGGACCUUGACAACGCUUGUGGUAUUCUAAAGGACCUUGACAACAAAUGUGGUAUUCCGGAGGACCUUGUCAACGCUUGUGGUAUUCUAAAGGACCUUGACAACGCUUGUGGUAUUCUAAAGAACCUUGAAAACAAAUGUGGUAUUCCGGAGGACCUUGACAACGCUUGUGGUAUUCCGAAGGACCUUGUCAAUAAAUGUGGUAUUCCGGAGGACCUUGACAACGCAUGUGGUAUUCUGAAGGACCUUGUCAAUAAAUGUGGUAUUCUGAAGGACCUUGUCAAUAAAUGUGGUAUUCUAAAUGACCUUGACAACAAAUGUGGUAUUCCGAAGAACCUUGACGACGCAUGUGGUAUUCUGGAGGACCUAGACAACGCAUGUGGUAUUCUAAAGGACCUUGACAACAAAUGUGGAAAAGGAAAAUAUCAACAAAAGAAAGAUGUAUAUUGA